AUAGUCUCUCAUUUCCGUAUUCCAAAAUGGUAACUAGGUCAAAGUUUAGGGCAAUACUGUGCUUCUUCCGUUGGAAGGCGAUUGUUCGUUUCCUCCAGAAGAAAGACCGAGAACAGAGAAAGCUCCAAUACUUCCCUCUUCGUGUUCUUCCCCUCUCCAAAAGGGAAGAGGAACACUGGAUACAUACGUAUUUGUGUUCACACGGAAAGGACGACAAGAUCCAAAUGUUUUGGACAGUCAACUGUCGAUCGAUCUCCUGAGCAGUUUCUCCUUCAGCAAUAGCUGUUCCUUAUUCGCGGUGUUUAAAAUGUCCAAAAUUGUAUUGAGAAGUUUAUCCUUGCUCCUCGGAGCCUUUUUCAUAUUCCUCGGCGUGUUGAAGAUCACUCCCAAAAUCAGCAAAGAUCUGCACAAAGAUUUGCGCACGGAAUACGCAAAAUAUGCCAAGGUGUUCCCGCUGUCCAAGGCGUUAGACUUUAAGUUGGCCUCCAAGUGGUACAGACGCGCAGUGGGCGGGGCAGAGAUUCUAAGCGGCCUCGUUCUCAUGACCGUACCCGGGAGGAUGGUCAAGAAUGGCGCCAACAUCAUUCUCUUUGGGCUGAAGAUGCUCAAUUGCUACUCGCAUUUGGCCAUCAACGAUGAAUUUGAGCGCACGGCGCCGACCCUUGUAUUCAUGCUGAUGUUGGGUUGUCGAUUGGUGGUGGAUUGGCAAGUCCACAGAAGAGGACCAUUAUCGGAUGAAGAGGAAGACGUGGAUGCCACCGAGUCCUCAACUACAGCCGACAAGUCGACGCUCAAGCAAUCGGAAACCGCUCAGACCAAAAAGAUCCAAUAGAAACAAUUCACAUUUGUAUGCCUGAUCAAUAAAGUAACACCCCGUGUGCCAAACAUUGAAAA